AGGGCAUGUUUUGCAAGGUACGAAUAAUCAUACAAACGUGGCAGAGGAUAACACGGACGUUUCUUUGACAUUUCAACAGACUGGAUGGCUAUUGCGCGAUAGAAUUACAAUCGCGAUACGUGCCGUGCACGUUGAACGUAACGUUUCGUUUCAACAUUGGGUGUACGAUGUUGGCGGAUGUGAAAUAACGCGAUGUUCCACGGCUUUAUGACAGAAGCGUGAACGAGACAGAGUGAACAAUGAGCCGCCCUAAAUGGGAUGUGCUGUGGUCCCCCUUUCAUUCGGACCGAUUUAUCACAUGGGACAGCGAUGCGUUAUUGAACCUUUACGAGAUUGGACCGCGUGAUAAUAGCGUGCGGGAGAAUGAUCAAACUUAUCUACAGAUUUCGGAGCAUUCCAUUGCCGAACUGGUCUGCUCGGUUACCAUCAACAGUUAUGCAAAAUGCGUUGAUAUAUAUCCACAACCUGAGCCAGAAAUUGUAGCCAGUGGCCAUGCGAAUGGAAAGAUAGUUUUGAGUACCCUUAGUCCGCCAGAGUUUGAUUACCAGGGCUUGGUCGGCAGAGAGUUUUUCCCAAAAUAUAUGCGAUCAUGCAACGUUGUUGCUUGGAAUCCUGUAGAUACUCACCUGAUUAUGUCAGGUCUGGACAAACAUAGCAAAGAGCACUCUGUGCUGCUUUGGGAUGUGCACCAUUGUCCAAAAGGUUCGGAACGACCAGUAAUAGAAGCCGGCAUAUCAGAAACUGUACAUUCCGCUGCUUGGUUCAAACAUGAACCAAGAUGUUUGGCUCUCGGUGUUAAUAACAAACAGUUGAAAGUUAUAGAUUUCAGAGAUCCUGCAAAGGUGGUAAACGUUACUCCCACAAAAGCGAUAUAUAGUCUGUCGGUAAAUCCCCAUAAUAAUUAUCAGCUACUUUCACAUGUUGACAAUCUGAUAACAAUUUGGGACACUCGGUGUUUUGAGAAACCGAUUGUUACUAUAAUGCCAUUACGGCACGUUACGAAGGUAUUGUGGUGUCCCACUAGACGAAAUCUAAUUGGCACAUUACAAAAAGAUUCAGUUGGCUUGCAUCUAUUUGACAUUCAGUACUGUGGAGCAGAGGAUACUGAGCCUGGUGUUUUAGAAAGAGUGGUUCUACCACCAUGGCAUAGUCCCGUAAGUUUCUCAUGGCAUCCGACUGAUGAGAAUCGCUUGUUGGCAAUAUCACUGCAAGGCGUAACUGAUUACACCGUAUCUGAGAGAAUAACGCUCAAUUGGUCUGCUCGGUCAUGUCUCAUGUGGAAUUGCGCUUUUAAAUCGUUUAAAUAUAUACACAGUGAAGAUAGCGUUUAUAAGGAACUAGAUGAUAUCUCGGUUUUAACUAAGAGACGUGCUAUGUUCGAAUAUGGCUUGCUUCCGGAGUUAGCUCACAAUGGCGAUAUAGCCGAGAACGAAACUCUAAAGAAUUUAUGGCAAUGGUUAUAUCUUAGUCGCUCUUUAGUAGAAGAUGGCACUGUACAGAGCCCUGAUAAUAAGCAUCCCGGUGUGAGGACAGUUUUAAAAUUGGAUCAAAAUUCAGUCAAUGGUUUGAAAACAGAAGUGAUCCAUCGUCCGUGGACGGAUAUAGGUAGUGGUUAUAUGACAAAAGUUUACAGAUCGCCAGACAGAGAAAGAUGUCUUCUUCUGUGCGGUUUGCGAUUUGACAGAGAGACCAAUACGGCGUACGAUAAUGCGUAUCUGGAGAAGCUAGAGAAGGAAGGCGCGUAUGCGAAAGCAGCCGCGUUCGCAGUAUUUAAUCUCUGCCUAAGGCAAGCUAUAGAUAUCUUAAACCGAGGUGCCAGUAAGAAACAAACGGCUAUUCUAAAUAUGGUAGCUAUGGCAUUGUCAGGUUUUUCUGAAGAAAGUACCACAUUGUGGAGAGAGUCGUGUCAAAAAUCUAAAUCUCAGUUAUCAGAUCCUUAUUUAAGAGCAACAUUUGGUUUUUUGACCGCCGAUAACGAUUCCUAUGAAAGUGUACUUAAUGAAAAUGGUAUGGCUGUCGAAGAUCGAGUAGCAUUUGCUCUCAUGUUCUUAUCGGAUAAUAAACUGCACGAGUAUUUGAAAAAAUUAACCGAGAAGGUAAUUGAAGAUGGAGAUCUAGCGGGCUUCUUGGUUACAGGUGCAAGUAUGGAAAGUAUACAAUUAUUGAGUAAAUACUUGGAAAUUACCUCAGAUGUUCAGAGUUGUACUCUUAUUGCUAUUAGAACUUUUCCGCCUAAGUUGCUUCAAGAGAAUCAAGUUCAAGUAUGGAUUACGAGUUACAGACAUCUCUUGAACGCAUGGAAAUUAUGGUUUCAAAGAGCUAAAUUUGAUAUUGUCAUGAGAUCCUCGACGCCACAAGAGAAACCGCCGCAACAAAUACAUAUAUCUUGUCACUUUUGCGGCAAAAGUAUAUCUGCUUCCAUGCAAGGACUGAGCAGGACGAGAGUUCCAUUUGGCAGAUUAGGCAGUACUCCUAAUAAAUUAAAGAUGACGGCGUGCCCAAAUUGUCGCAAACCUUUGCCGCGUUGCGCAAUAUGCUUGAUGCACAUAGGCACCGUCAGUGGAUUGCAAACAGCUCCUAGUCCUGGUGGUACCAGGAACGAAGAAUGCAAUGCUAAGCUUACGGAAUUUAAUAGUUGGUUUUCAUGGUGCCUAACAUGUAAACACGGAGGACAUAGCGAACAUAUAGCUCAGUGGUUUCGACAACAUACUGAAUGUCCCGUAACGUCUUGUAAUUGUCGCUGCUCAUCUUUGGAUUACACGCGUAACGCAACUGUGACAUAGUAUUCCUUGUUAUUUUUAUGGUAGGGAUAUAUGCCAAACCAACUAACAGAAUGUAAAAAGAAAAAAUGUAUGAAAAAAGUGAAAC